AUGCUCCGCUUUGUUCCUCGUCGUCUCGCCAUCGGCGCGUAUUCCAUGUUCAUGAUUGAGCAGAGGAACAAUCCGAAGCUGAAGGGCCUCGCUGUUGCCGAUCGCGGUAAGAUGACGUCCAAGAUGUACAAAGCUCUGAGUGCGAACGAAAAGGCGGCGCUCGACUAG